AUGCAGAUCCAGCUGCUUAUUUCCGUUCUGGCUCUCUCUACCUCUGUGUUUGGGCUAUGUGUAAAGGACCAAGCAGAUUGUCCGGAAGGGGUUGGCUUUUAUGAACCUGGAGUGUCUAGUGUUAUGGACAAGGUAUGGAGUUGGAUGAUAAUGGAUGAGAAUACUAGUGUUAGCCCUAUUGAGCUUCGCUCACUUAAUGCACUGGUAAGAUGUAAAGCGGAGAGUGUCAGCACCCCUACCCUGCUGGGGGUGGCCGCAUGCGGUGUCACCCAUAAUGUGUUACUAUCUUUCUAUGCUAGCAAUCUCCGAGGCUUCUUCGAUGCAACGUCAAUGGGCCAUUCAUUGGGUAUUCUUUCGGGACAGCCAUGUGAGAGGAUUCUGGGCAUGCUUUUGUUAUCCACCAUUUGUAUAUAG